GUACAUUUCGCCGCCAACCUACGUCGGGACACCUUCCUGAACCGACGGCCGUAGCGUCGCGACGCGUUCUUGCCGUGCGCUCUACCGCUUGGUUGAACUUUCUCUGCAGGUUCUAGGAAUGUACGAGAGUAAUGGUUCCAAUUCAUUGAUUAUGGGCUGGAUCAUGGUCAGCUUCAGAUUCACGCUUAUUAUUCGGCUUAUUCACAAGUGAGAAUGAAGAAAUGAUCCGAUGGCAACGCAGACCCCAAGCACCCCUAGUUUGUCACAAGCAGACAGUGGAAAUGGGCCAGAAGAUAUCCAGAACUUAAUAACAAUUGUGAAAACGAUACUAGGUGUGACUUGUGCUAUUGCUGUAAUUGUUAACCUAAAAGUCUUCGCCUGCAUCCAUUGGAUAAGAAGACCCUUGAAUUCUGUCUUGAAGAUCAGCCUGAGUCUGGCAUUGGCUGAUAGCUGUGCCUCAUGCUUGUCGGCACUUGCAAUUUUUUGCGAGGAAUUGAUCAGCAUGAGAACAUACAUCAUCCUUGAUAUCAUCAGAUUGUGUUUCAUACUGGUUACAGUUUUUCACCUACUUGGUUUGGGCUUCAACCACUACAUAGGCAUCAGGAAACCCCUUCAUCACAACUCCCGAUUCUCGCAAAGAGGAACAUCGUGGCUCAUACUUCUGCUAUGGUUGAUACCUACUACUUUCACCAUUGCCUUGUACACAGUCGAAGGCGGUGUUUCUUUUUGGCGUGCCAUAAUAAUUGAUGCUGCCCCUGAAAACAAAACCCUGGGAAUUUUCAACUACACCCUUCCUCUAAAUUACACCACUUCAGAUCUAAACGAAACUGACUGGUACCAAAUGUAUCUCAAGUUGGGCGAACACCACAGUGAUAUAGAGGAAGAAAAUAUAAGUUUCUUCCAGAGUUUCAGGUUCAGGAUGAUAAUCGGAUCUUUCAUUCUCAUAUCAAUGCUCCUCAUCGUACUCUGCUAUUUAUUGAUAUUGAUAAUGAUCAGACAUCAGAGGAAAAUCUGGAAAGACCUCUCCAGAACCGGCAGCACUGUGUGGAGAGGGCACAAUUGCAGGCAUGCCAACAAACAGAAGGCUCACGAACAGAAUAAAACCAAGGGGAACCUGAAAGCUGUUUAUACCACCUUGAUAAUCUUAGGUUCUUGUGUGAUAGGUUGGAUGCCCGCGCUAUUGCUGUACACGAUGACUUGUAGCCAAGGUUGCCUGAUAAGUGGCGAACUUCUCAAGAACUUCAGCGAGAAUUAUCCACGUCACAUAUUGAUAAUUCGAUGCUUCGACAACGAAAUGCUUCUUUUAAAGAUGAUUGCAAAUCCAAUCAUUUAUAGCAUAAGGAUGAGAGAAAUCAAGGAUGGUACCAAACAAAUGUACAACACUAUCCUUCACCAUAUUUGCGGAGAAAGAUGCAGCAGCAUCCAUCAAAAUUACUCGAAGUCUUUUUCCAAGUCCAACAACGAUAACCAUUCCCAUGUGGUACUAAUGUCCACAAGAUCUGUGAAAAACGACAAUUGUAGUUCAAGAAGGUGCAGGAAAAAUCGUCAGUCUGCUCAAACAUCUCAUCUGUGAAAUCGAAUUAUGUUAUGUAAAUGUUUUAUUCACAAUAAAUCCAAAUAAAAUUUGUUAUUUCAAU